UGUUUGUCUCCUGCAACAAAAGCUGUUUACCCCGAGGGACUGCAGAGCGAGUCUGCUGCUGGAUUGCCCUGUGGAUUGUCUUCAGUCUUGCCAAUCUAGGGAGCGCUUGGCCUCCAGCCUUCGGUCGAGGGUCUGAGUGGACAGGGCCCCAUCCACCCCUCCUGAGGUCUGGACGAGACAGCACCUGGCCUCCUGGGCCUUGUCCCCGUUGGAGAUGUCACUGUAAACUGGGCCCAGAGGCACCACGUCUUGUGCGCUGCAGCUGCUGGAUGUGGACGCUCCACGUCGACCUCUGUCUCCAGAAACAGGCCCACGUGAUGCCCAGGGCCCCUGGCCCCCGAGCCGAGCUCCGCCCUCAGCUACUGGGGAGCCAGGAAGGUGCCAGGCCUCCUUUGGCCCAGCUUUCUGAGCAGCUGGGCUUGCAGCUGCGGGUCACUGCCCUGCCUUGAGGGUGGGCCGGGGCCUCCCCGGGGUGGCCUCCCUGGGGCCUGCUGAGUCAUUCUCUGAACCUCUGUUUGGGACCCAGGCCUGUUUGUUGUCCCAGUGUUUUCGUUCCUUUUUUUUUUUUUCCCCAAAGGAAAAUGGCCACAGACUCCACCUUGAGACCACUGAUUCUGUGGACUCUCUCUUGCUCUGGGCUGCUUCCAUCCGCCUGCAACUGGGUUCAGGAUGGGCCUGUUUGGCGGGCAUGCCACAGUAGUGAGGUCUCCUCCCGCAACCCCGGGAGGGCCCCUGGGACCUUGACUCAUUCUGGCCGUGGCAGCAGUGCUCCCCGGGUUACGGAGGUGUCUACUGUUCUCACCCUGAGUUUCCGUGUGCUGUUUGUGGGGGAGGCUCCAGCCCAGGUGCCGCGUCUCGGAAGAUGCACUAUUACCGAUACUCCAGCGCCGAGGUCAGCUGCUGGUACAAGUACCUGCUCUUCAGUUACAACAUCGUCUUCUGGCUGGCCGGAGUCGUCUUCCUCGGAGUUGGACUAUGGGCAUGGAGCGAAAAGGGGGUGCUCUCCGACCUCACCAAAGUGACGCGGAUGCAUGGAAUCGAUCCGGUGGUGCUGGUCCUCAUGGUGGGCGUGGUGAUGUUCACGCUGGGCUUCGCAGGCUGCGUGGGGGCGCUGCGGGAGAACAUCUGCCUGCUCAAGUUUUUCUGCGGCGCCAUCGUGCUCAUCUUCUUCCUGGAGCUGGCCGUGGCCGUGCUGGCCUUCCUCUUCCAGGACUGGGUGCGGGACCGCUUCCGCGAGUUCUUCGAGAGCAACAUCAGGUCCUACCGCGACGACAUCGACCUGCAGAACCUCAUCGACUCCCUGCAGAAGGCCAACCAGUGCUGUGGGGCGUACGGCCCUGAAGACUGGGACCUUAACGUCUACUUCAACUGCAGCGGCGCUAGCUACAGCCGCGAGAAGUGCGGGGUGCCCUUCUCCUGCUGCGUGCCUGACCCUGCGCAAAAAGUCGUGAACACGCAGUGUGGAUACGACGUCAGGACUCAGCUGAAGGGCAAGUGGGAGGAGUCCAUCUUCACGAAAGGCUGCAUCCCGGCGCUGGAGGGCUGGCUCCCACGGAACAUUUACAUCGUGGCCGGCGUCUUCAUCGCCAUCUCCCUGCUGCAGAUAUUCGGCAUCUUCCUGGCGAGGACCCUGAUCUCGGACAUUGAGGCAGUGAAGGCAGGCCAUCACUUCUGAGGAGCGAAGACGAGCGAGCAGAGCUGAGCCACGCCGUGGGGGCCUCGGCCCUUCCCCUCGUCAACUGGUCCAGAGGGAGGGAGCGGCCGCCCGAGCCGGAGCCGGCGGCCCGUCUUCAGCAUCAGCGUGAUGUGCCUCUCUGCUGCUUCUUGCUGGUGCUGAAGACGAGGCCCGUCUUACCUGCACAACUGUGUGACCAAGACCCCUGCCGGGCGGGGUCUCCCAGAGACAAGAUGUGUCUUCACGUGGGGGCGGCGACUGAGGGAUGGUCGGGGCUCGCGGCUGCCAGGAGGGCCUGACCUGGUGCCCUGGAGCGUCUGCAGACACUGUGUGCCGUGGGUGCCGGCCGGGGGGACAGCCGUGUCUGGGAGCGGGAUGUGGGUGGGGCCCGGCAGGUAUGGACGAGGCCCCGUGCAGCCUGUGAUGGGGCUGGGGGGUGGGGGGCGGGGCACGUGCAAGUGAGUGGACGCCUGAGUGCCGGCCCUGCGGCUUCUGAGGGUCGGGCACGUGUGCGAUUCUCUGCCACCUCGCGUGACAUAGCCUGAGCCAGGGUGUGGGAUGAGUUCUGGGACCCAGUCCCUCCCUCCCUGCAGGCGGGAGCUGUGUCCGGUUCCACCGCGCUGGGCCCCAUGAUGCGAGGAGUAGGGCGGGUCCCCCGACAGCUGGCCCCCUUUUCUAAAGUGUGUAAAUAGUCUAUUUAUCGGUAAGAGUGUUCUCCCCCGCUUCUGCGUGCCCCGGCGUUGUCCGGAGCAGCUGCCAGGCGCCUGGGAAGAGGCCAGGCUCGGUUCCCUGCAGCGGCCCGUUUGCUGCCUGACAGCCGGGUGCUGCGCGCCCCUCACCACCUGCGCCCUGGCAGCCCACUCUCCCCGGCUCGCCUCACUCCGGUCUCGGUGCUACUGAAACUCACCCACAACUUGAAUCCUGUGCCCCAGCUGCAGCCCAGGAGCCAGCCAGAGCCGGUGACGCCUGGGGCCAGGGCUGCUCUCGGCCGGGUGCACGGGCUGGUCGGCCUGGGUUGCCCCCCUACCCCCGGGGAGGAGCUGUGCGGCCAGCCCAGCCCGCGCUGCCAGACGCCCAGACUGUCACCCUGGCUUUCGAGGGGACCUCUCCCCAGACCGGGGCGUCUUCCGACACUGUCCACCCUUCCUGUCCGGGCUGUUCCGGGCUCGUUCCUGGGAGUGACAUCUGUCUAGUGUACCCGAUACCCCGGGGGGAUGGAGGACCGCGUGCGUCCAGCUGGCUGCUUUCUGACGCCUCCCUGGACCUCGUGCCAGUUCUGUCCUCAUGGUCCAGGGGUCGAGUGCUGCCUCCGCCUCCUGCCCAAGUGAACGUGCUGGUGUGGUGGGUGCCACUGGGUGUGUGUCCAUGUUGUUGUUACAAUUUUUUUUUUUUUUUUUUUUUACAGUUUUUCCCGUAGACUAGGGGGAGAAGAAUGCUUGUGUUUUAGGAACUGUGAUGCUUUUCUUUGACUGCCAAACUCUUUUAUGGAAUAUAUCUUUAUACUAAU